GAAUGGUGGUGGGUCACUCUCACUACUCACCCCCACAAUCCUCCCAUGACAAUUGAGUAGCAAAGUAGGUGUAUGUAAUAGGAUGAUCCCUACACCAUUAAUGACUCCUCACUAGUUCCAAAAUUUCCAAAAUUUCACACACCCUGGAAUCUCACUUUCACAGCCCAAAAUCCAAAAUCACAAAAAAAUGACAACACCAGGAGAAAAGCUACAAGAAAUUCAACCUCAAACUCACAAAAUGCAAAAAUCCCAACUUUACUUCAAUCCAUUGAAGACCCUCUUCUUCUUGCUUCUUUUCAGCCAUGCCCAGAUGAGAUUUUGUUCUGGGGUUUCAGUUCUUGACCUUAAAUCAGUUAAAGAUAGUAACUUUAACCUAAUGGGGAAAAGGGGUUGUUCAGAAAAGCUUCAAGAAUGCUCAGAAAUGGUGGGUGAAGAAGAUUUGAUGGAUUCUGAAAGUAAUAGAAGGGUUUUGCUUAUGCAAAAGAAGUACAUUAGUUAUGGUACAUUGAAGAGGGAUUUGGUGCCUUGUAAUACUCCUGGUGCUUCAUAUUAUAAUUGUAAAGCUCCUGGUGCAGCUAAUAAUUACAACAGAGGAUGUGAGAUUAUUACAAGGUGUGCUAGGGAGGUCAGUGACAUCAAAUCUUGAAUUUUUAGCUGAGAAAUUUUAUGCAAUGGAAUUGGUAAAAAAGUUCUAUUUCUGCUUUUUUGAAUAUUGAUUUAGUUAUGUUUGGGACUUGUGGGGGUGGUUGUUUUUUUGUUGCUAAUGUUGUAUACUAAUAUAAAAAUUAAUGUAACCAAUGUUGCUAAAUAUAUUUUUUUGGUUCU